ACAUUCCUUCCCAGGCCAGUCACUGACGCUUAGAAACGAGAGUGCUAAUAGCUAUGCAAGGACUGAAGGUCAGGCUAACCGACCGGCGGCGGAACCUGCCCUUGCACGUGAUAGGCUGGGCGUCUACACCGCAGCGUUCUUCUACCUCCUCCCCACUCCGGGCCUCACGGUCUGAGUGGAACCGCGGGACAGCCCGAGCCUCCCGGCUCCGUGCCACGGCCAGCCAUGGCGCUGCUGGCCGCUCUCGUCUGCUGUCUGCUGGCCGCCUGGUACGGCCGCCCGGGCCUCGGGCUGCCCCUGGCGCCAGCUGGCGGCCGGCGGCCGGCGGUUGGACAAUUUUGGCAUGUGACAGACUUACACUUAGACCCUACUUACCACAUCACAGAUGACCACACAAAAGUAUGUUCUUCAUCCAAAGGCGCAAAUGCCUCCAAUCCUGGUCCUUUUGGAGAUGUUCUGUGUGAUUCUCCAUAUCAACUUAUUUUGUCGGUAUUUGAUUUUAUUAAAAAUUCAGGACAAGAAGCAUCUUUCAUGAUAUGGACAGGGGAUAGCCCACCUCAUGUUCCAGUAACUGAACUCUCGACAGAAACUGUUAUAAAUGUGAUCACUAAUAUGACAACCACCAUUCAGAGGCUCUUUCCAAAUCUCCAGGUUUUCCCUGCACUGGGUAAUCAUGACUAUUGGCCACAGGAUCAACUGCCUGUAGUCUCCAGUAAAGUGUACAAUGCGGUAGCAAACCUCUGGAAACCAUGGCUAGAUGAAGAAGCUGUUCAUACUUUAAGGGGAGGUGGCUUUUAUUCACAGAAAGUUAGAACUAAUCCGAACCUUAGGAUUAUCAGUCUAAACACGAACUUGUACUAUGGCCCAAAUGUCGUGACCCUGAACAAGACUGACCCAGCAAAUCAGUUUGAAUGGCUGGAAAGUACACUGAACAGCUCUCAGCAAAAUAAAGAGCAGGUGUACAUCAUAGCACACGUUCCAGUGGGAUAUUUGCCUUCAUCAAGGAGCAUCACAGCAAUGAGAGAAUACUAUAAUGAGAGAUUGAUAACUAUUUUUAGAAAAUACAACGAUGUUAUUGCAGGACAAUUUUAUGGGCAUACUCACAGAGAUAGCAUUAUGGUUCUUUCGGACACAAAAGGUAAUGUGAUGUUCUGUUUGCAUCUCCCCAGUCCAAGAGGCUAG